GGCGCGCUCUUUAUGGCAGGUCUCAGAAGAGGGGGAGCAGCAACGCACGAGCGCGCCGUCGUUGUCAGGGACGGACGGGGUACAGCUGGUAAAAACACAUCCGCACGCACGCACACACACCCCCGUCUCCGUUACGCACGUACAUAAGGCAAAAACAAAAGCGACUCUUAAGGAGGAGAGCGGAGCGCGAGCAUGCGGCGAGGACCGGGCGCUGCAGCAGACCUUUGUUUGUUUCCUGGAAACCCUGGAGCGCGAGGGAAUAAAAUGGAGUGGUAAGGGGCUCCGAGGCGCGAGAGGCGCGUCCACCUGCUGCUACCGGGGAGGCAGUCAGAGAGGGCAAACAUGCUGAGGCCGCUGCACUGAAGGGGGUAACGAAAAAACAACAACAACGUAUGACAACAUUCUGCACGCCGAGCGAUCAAACGGAGUCUUAAGAGCGGGUGGGACGGGUGUAACGGGAGGCUGGACCAUUGUAAUUAUGUUAGUGAGAGAGAGAUUCAGUUCAGACUGAUGGAUGUUCUGCAGGAGUCCCGAUUCUCAGGGGCAGAUCGCAGCCCCUGCCCAAGAGAUGCUAGUGAAAAUGAAUCACAUGACCCAUUGGCAGAUGUGUCACAUGAUCUAAGGCGCUGUGAUGUCAUUGCUCCUGUGGCGCUGUCCCUGCCCUCCCUCUGUGGCCAGAGUCAGACCUCUGAAGGUCCUCUUAGCCCAGCUGACCUGCAUGAUGGGUCUGUCUCCAACACCACCUCUCUGUCCUCUCUCUCUUCAUUCUCCUCUCUUUCCUCCCUUUCAUCUCUCUCUUCGGUGUCCUGUUCCAAACCUGUGACACCCUGGUCUGUGCCGCAGACCUGUGACAGGUCGUCCCUCUCUAACAUGGACUCCAGGGGCGGAGACUGCCUUAGCUGUUUGAUCCCCAAAAAUCAGACAGAACCGGAAUCCUGUGAGUCAGUACUCAGCUUUGCCAGCAUCAAUUUGCAAUGCCUUGGCCCCGCCCCCAGUGCAGAUCGCUAUGGUGACCAGGUUCUUUCUGACCAGCUGCUCAGUGGCUCCGCCCAUCCAGCUGUAACCAAUGAGGGGGCCGAAGAAGGGAGGUCAAUGCAGGAGAGCGAAUCAGAUGAGGAUCCUGCAUCCAGGAGCAUAUACGAAGGUCUUGGAGAGGAGGCGCAGGACUGGAGCUGUCUAGAGACUCUCAUCAGUGAAAGUCGUAUGGAGCUGUUGGACUUAUGCUCCCGCAGUGAACUUGCAGUCAAUCUGUUCUGUGAGGAAGAUGUGGAGAAUUACAUGUUUCAGGAGGAGGAGAAUGCACUCAGUACUGACGUCUGCUCGCUCAAGAUACGCUACGAGUCCUAUCAGGAUGGAGUGCAGGAGAGGUGUGAAUCUGCCCUACAGGAUGAGUCUCAGCUAGGUUUCUUUCCUAGCUUACCUUGCAGUAGAAAAGAGGGGCCAAAAGAGAAACCAGACCAAUCCACUGAGAUUAAGGCUGAUGACCACAUGACCCCCAAUAUUAGCCCAGACAGUAACUUACUUUUUGACCUCAGUAACUCUCCGGAAGAUUCCGGCGAAUUCAGUGAUGACAGCUCUUGCACAGGCUCCCCAGACAAUGGGCUCUCCCUCCGGCAUGGCCGCUUGUCCAGAGAAAACUCUAGCUCCUCCAGCCAGCUAAGCUACCGCCUCCGAGCCAAGAGGAAGGUGGCCUACCGAGAAGACUACUUGUACGAUGUGGACUCAAUAGAAAGUGAGAAAAAUGCUGAAAAACGUGAAAAAACUCCUGCUGGGUUCAAGAAAGAGCGUGAUGAUGACUGGUGUCCAAAGAAGAGGCGGCGGUCCAGUAGGAAGGACCCACCUGUCAUUAUAAAAUACAUAAUCAUUAAUCGUUUUAAAGGCCAGAGGCACAUGAGAGUGCGUCUGGGACGAGUCGACCCAUCACCCGCUGUGGUCUGUCUGAGUCCAGACACUCUGCUUCACUAUGAGAGACUUGCACCAUUAAAAGCAUACUGGCAGGAAAGAGAAAAGAAGCAGCAGGAGCAGAAUAGAUUAACAGCAGCAGAAACAACCAAACGCCUCAAUGGCUGCAAAAGACCAAGCACUACACCCAAACGAAAGCACAGAAUGGCCAGACUCAGGAUCCAGCAGAUCCAUACCGUACAGAAUUCCCUCCCCAGCCAAACUAUUGUGGUCCCCAUCCACAAUCAACCAAAGGGGACGGAAUUCCUUAAAAGCACAGAGGAACCAAAAGAGGACAUUAUUUCUGUUACACACACUGCCAGGGCUAAAAGCAGAACACAAGAGAGAGAGGAAAGAAGAAAGGCAGGUAAAACAGGGAAGAUAAAGAAGUUCAAAAGUGAAGCAAGACUUCGGUUGAAAAAGUUAAAAGAGGCUGAGACACAGGAAGUCCCAGAAGCCUCUGAGAUUGAGCAGUGCAGCCCAUGUUUACCAGAAAACCUUAGUAACUCUUUGGAAGAGAAUGCCACAGAUGAAGCCUCCAGUAAUGACCCUGAAAAAUGCACUUUGACCCCAACUGCUCCAGGGACUGAUGGAAAUGCUGAACUCCUCCCCGGGGGAUACCUGCAAACUCUUCUUGAAGCCUCUGAGUCAUCAAGCACUGCUAACAUCAACUAUUUCCAUCCAGGGCUACAGAAUCACACACUUCAGCCAGUCCAGAGCUGUGUUCUCUCUCCUCCCUCUGAAUCAGAGCUGCCUCACUCUCCUCUACCUAUGAACCAUGGGUCUCACCCCACGCAUUAUACUGAGCCAAACCUUACUGAACCAAACCAUCCCAUUUCAUGGUCAUCCCAACCAUCUGCUGAACAGCUGCCCUUCUCCCCAGACAUGCCAACUCAGUCGCCAGUGAUGCCAUCGGGCUUUCCCACACCAUUGCCUGUGUUAGCAGGGGAUAGCACAAAUGUCACAGGCUUUAGGCAAGCGUCUCUGUCAGGGUGCAGGGUCUCGUAUGAAGAGUCCCAACCUGAUGCUGAUUAUGGUUUGAGUCCGACUGGCUCUCGGAGUGACAGUGGUGUAGGGCGACUGGUUAGCUUUAACUCCCUCGGGUCACUUUCUGCCACCUCUAGCAACUACAGCUCACUCAGCCUGAGAGAGGGAGAAAGGGAGAGGGAAGAGGAGAUUGGUGAGAUCAAUGAUGGCUUCUUGCCGCAUUGUAGCCCACGGCUGGUCUUGCAGCAAAGUCUAGAGGAGGUCAUUCCACUUCGAGAGUCAACUGACCUCUUGGAUAUCUCCAACUUCACCCCUGACAAGUUCCGCCAUUCAUCGCUUUCUGACAUGUCACCACCAGACACGCCUAACUCUUCCCCUCAACUGCUGGGGAACUGUGGUAAAGUUGGAGAGUUUUCAGAAGCAGCAGAAGCAAAUGUACAAUGGAACUGUGGAGUUGUCCCGCAGCUUAAUCAAGACAGAAACCCACACCACCUACAGGUACACUCUUUCAACACAGAGAAGGAAGAAGUUGGUCUAAGGGAUCACAAAGGCUCAACGAAAAAGGGUGGGAAAAGUGGACAAGGCACCAAAAAGAGCAAAACUGCUAAAAUGGCGAAAGGUGAGAAAGUAAAGCUCCCACGUCAGGGUUCUCGUUCUGUGCGGAAGAUCAAAGCCUUGCUAGAGGGAAAAGCAGCCAAAAGUAGUGAAGGGUCAGGAAGUGGUGCUUCUUCCCCGACCCCAUCGCUUGGCUUAAUUGGAGCUCAGGGUGAGUGGCCUGUUACUGGGGGACUGUCAAAUGAUGACCAACGAGAAUUCCCGGAACCAUCAAACAUCCUGUCCAAUAUAGUGUCUGGCAUGGCAGAGGUACAGCGUUUCAUGAGGGCUUCUGUGGAGCCUCUUUGGGGCCCUUGCCUUUCACCCGGUCAGCAUGCCCUCCAGAGCCAGACACUGAAGAUUCUGGGUAGCGCUGCUGACCUUAAAAAGCGGGGUGGUGCCUCAGGCGGAGGUCGAGGGAAGAAAGGGGCUGGGCGUGGUGGUAAAGCACUGCCUAAACUUCUCCCACCAGGCUUCUUUCCUACCCUCGGAUUGGACUGUCUCCCACUUCCACACCGUCCAGCCCACAAAAAAAUGUAUCGUCACAAAAGCAGUGCUAAGUUCACCCGAGAGGAGCUCGUAGCGGGUAAAAGGGACAUAAAAGGAGUAGCAUUGACAACUUUGGUUGAAAAACGGAGCUAUAACACUGUAUGUGUUAAAUCGGUGUCACAGAACCAUGGUUUAGACCGAGCCCAGCGCCCUGCUCUGUCUCUCAGAAAAUGGUUGCCUUCUGUUCAGGGGUCAAAGGUCAUGUGUAGUAUUCUGUGCUAAGAAUUGUUUCCCCCCAUUUCUGUACCAACCCCUCAGAACACUGGGCUUUGACAUGCUAAAAGAAAGCAUCUUGAUCAAGGUGCUCAUUUUCCAAGGUUCUGAAAGUUCUUAAAGAGAUUUUUUUCAUUAUUGUUGUUUGUUUAUAAGUUGUGAAAAGGGGGUUCAUUCAUCUGUUCUCCAGUGAAUCUCCUCCUGCCAGUAUCAAAAUGCUGUUGUACACAGACAUAUGCACUAUUUACAAAACAAGAUUAUAUCAAACAUGUUUAAAUUAAUGUGCCAAACUAUGAACAAUUAAAUGUACAGACAUUUUUAUCUACAUAAAUAUUUGCUGUUUUAUAAUGUGGCAGUGAUUGAGAAGCGUGUGUGUGUGCUUGGGAUGGGAUGGGGGGAGUUGUCAAUCUGAGAUUCACUCCUGUUGCAUCACAUCUGUACAAACAGCUAGUGGCGAGGAGUCAUCUCAACAAUCAGAAGAAAAAUGUUGUUGGUUUAUUUUCUGUUUUUUGCACUUCUGGCUAGUUCAAGAUUAGAGGCAUGAAGUGAGAGAUGCAUGAUGAGAAUUUGUGGGAGGAAGCUGAAGUGCUGUAAUGGCAGAGAAAAACAUUGGUUUCCUUUCCUUCUGAUGUAUUUCUGGAUGGUAAAAGAUCACUGUUCGUGUGUAACAAGGUAAGAAAAUGAUCAUUCCUUCUCAUAACAAGACAUACAAUGCAUUCUAGCUUGUUUAUUUCCCCAAGUUUCUAGUUCGGUAAAUAUAUUUCUCUGUACCUCAGCCCUCCAAACUAGUUAAGGACAGGACCAAAUAUAUUUUUAAAGUUUUCUAAUUUGUUGCUAGUGAUGUGCAUGCAUUUAAAACAUGAUAUGGAUAUGUGCUGUGAAUGCUGAUCCCCCAGUAUUACUUUCUCUGACUCGCCUGUUUUUUCUUACCUGAUCUCAAAACCAUUGUUUUUCUAUUGCUGUUGGAAUGUUAUUUGUUGUGUUAUAAAAAGAGGGAAAGAUGCCAACUUGGUUACCCCCAUGUGCUUCAGGAUCUUUUUUCUGCAACUCCCUGGAUCCCCUCUUUUGUGAAUACCAAAUUGAAAAGAAAUAUUUUCUCUUUGAUUCUUUGCCCUUGUGUUCACAGAGUCUGAAAUACUGUUUUAGUUUUCCCAACACUACAUUUGAAUUGACAACUGUAGUUUGAGAACUGUUCCUCCAUUUUCAAAGUUUAGUGGGUACUUGUGCAAAUGCUGUAACAUGCUGUGAAUGAAUACCUUUGAAAUUAUCGAACUGUUGAAAAGUUGAAGAAAGCAGGUGCAAAUGAUGAGUGACAUUCCAGAGCUGGUGAUGCAAUUCAGAAGUGAGCUCUGAAAACCUCUUGAUUUUAGGGCCUUCCCAGCCAAAUCAACCUCACCAAGCAAAAGACCAGGAAAUAUUAGAAUACAAGUUGGUUAUCCAAAUGAUUUUUUUCUGUGCUGAGUGAAUGGAGAUGUAACACAGUUGGUUCAGGUCCGUUGGCUCAGGGAACCCAACUGCAUUCACAUCUCUCAUUCCCUCAGCUACCCAUCUCGCCAGACAAACUCAAGCUGUUCUCAGUGCUGCCCCUGCUGUACUGUUCCUACAUAGCAAGUGCCAGUGCAGAGUUCUCUUCUUCAUACUUAGAGAGCAAAGUUUUCCACCAGUGAAAACUGUAUAGCACACAUCCCCUGCACUGACUGAAGCGUUCAAAGUUUUGAAAAGUUCAGUGUUAUUCCCCAUAAGUGCAUCAUGUAAAGUUAAUACAGGCAUAUCAAAAACUUAAUUGUGCCCUUUUUCUGAAUGUAUUAUAUUGUCAAGUCGGGAGUAUUUUUCUUUUCAUGAUUUAUUUGACUCUACAACUACUUUUGCCUUUUUUCAUCAUCAAGGAAAAAAAAUAAACUUUUUACUGCCUGGUAUGUCUUCUCCAGGUGGAUUCUCAAUGAACUCUUGAUGUAGGAAAAAAAAUAAUGACCUGUAUAUUUUUCAUUGUGCCAAUUUGUAACAUAUUUUCUAAGUGUAUAUUUUUCUUAGAAAGUGAUGUGAGGUCGUUCUUACUGUGGCUUUGUUCUUUUCCCUUUUUAGCAAGUGAAAAAGUUGCUAAUUGCCAUGAUGUUUUCUUUCUUUCUUUCUUUUUCUUUCUCUCUCUCUUAUUUGUUUUUUGUUUGUUUGUUUUAAAGCCAAAAACUGAAAAUACUAUAAAAAAAAUAAAUAAAAAACUAUUGUAAAGGAGAGAGAAGGAGAGCAAGCUGUGACUCUUUGUUGAGAGGUUUUGUGAUUGGACCAAUCUUGUUGUAAGAGUGUUGUGCUCUAGUUAAAAUAUAUAUUAAUUUAAAGAUAAAAAAAGAAACCAUGAAAACAGACAGUGGAACAAUAACAUUAAUUUGUGAUCUCAUUGCUGUUUUAUAGAUUUUCAUGUAAAUUAUUCUAGUAUUUUGUUUUUGUUGUAUCUGUCACAAAAGUUGAAAUAUUUGUGAUCAAGCCUGUAUGGUGACAAAUGUAAUAUUGGUAACUUGCUGAGUUUUGUAAUCAUGUUUAUGGAAUCAAUAUUAAUUAAAAGAGCUUUUGAUCACUUGUUUCAGUACUGACUCGUUUUUGUUUGUGGAAACCUGAACAAAUCUAAUGUGAUCAGGCUUUAUUGAUUCUCUGACAUUGCUUCUCUGCAUGGCUGUCUGCUACCAAACUCCAAAAAUAUCUCACUGUAAAUCAGUUUAGAUGGCGGUUUUUGCCAACAAAAAGCAGUCCUAGGAACACAGACGAAACCUCUUUAACCAUAGUGCAUUACUUGCUACAGGAACCAAUUUUUACACUUAAAAACUAGAUAGACCAGCUGCAUUGGAGGAAAAAAUGUAUGAAGCACAGGGUUUUUGCAAAUGUUUGUUAAUAUAUAAAGCUAUAUCCCGGUGUCUAAAAAGGUAAAAAAAAAAAAAAAAAGCCUAAGCAAUGUCAUUUUUGAACCGAGUUUGCACGAACGCAAGCGAAACGCUGGAACGCUUUGUUGAAACUGUAAACUGGAACAUCAUAAAAUGUGUUGCUGCGUGCAUAUACCCCCCCAGAAAUAUGUCAAAUCAUAGCGCCGAAACUGACGAGCGCCACAUUUAAUGGGCGUGUUUAACUGAAGUGGGCGGGGCUAUGAUGGCACAUACUAGUGGCUUUGCUGCCUGCGCGGACGGAUUCGAUUCAGAAGAAACAACCUGCACCAGGCCAUCUUCACUUACUUUAUUGAGAUUAAACCUUGAAUUAGAAGAGGUCAUUUUAGCUCACAGUGUUUUUUUAAAAA